GCGCCCGCAGCAUGGCGGGCGCUUCCUCGGGCGUGCACUACCUGUCCGACUUCUGCUGCCCGCCCGGAGGCCGAGCGGCGGGGAAGCCGCACGUGCUGCGCCAUGAGGCGGAGGUCUUUCUGUCCACCGGGCGCGAGUUCGUCUACGUGUACGACCAGGAGGGCGGGCUGCUGACGGCGGUGUACCAGUUUCCCGACCAGGUGUGGCACCUGCAGCUCCUGGCCCUCCGCAGGGCGCUCUACGUCCUGUGUGCCCGGACUGGCAUCUACUGCCUGUCGCUGGACUCGCCGCGCAGAAGGUCUGCGAGCCAGGCCUGUGAGGACACGGAGGAUGAGGCUCACCCUUGCCCUGUGAUCCACGUGGACCCAGACGCCUGUGUCCUCCCUGACGCUGCACUCUGUGCCUUCGCCGUGCUGGAUGAUGUGCUGGUUGCCCUGGUCCAGGGCCCCACCCAGUGGAAGAUGCAGCUGUUUGAGCGGCCCUAUCCAGGGGAGGAGCCUCAGCCAGGAGGCCAGAUUGGUGAGGUGGAGUUGUCCACCAGCACCCCUCCAGGUGGGGUGCCCGGGAAGCCUGCAGCCCCCCGCUUCCUGCCAGUGCUGUGCUGCGUGUUCCCCCCAGGCUCCAGGGCACCUCAUGGCCAUCCCCAGGGCUGUGGGUGCCUCGUGCUGGAGGAGGCCCUCUUUGGGCUGCUCUUUGGAGUCGAUGCCACCCUCUUGCAGUCCCCUGUGGUCCUCUGCGGUCUCCCUGAUGGCCAGCUCUGCUGUGUGGUCCUGAAGGCCUUGGUUACUUCUGGGUCAGCCCCUGGUGACCCAAAGGUUCUGGUCAAGAUCCUCCACCACCUGGAGGAGCCGGUGGUCUUCAUUGGGGCUUUGAGGGCAGAGCCAUACCCUGAGGAAGCAGCAGCAGACUUACCACCUGGUGAGAAUGAGCAUUCUGACUGCAUGGUGGCCCUCGGCCACCAGGGCCGGACACUGGCCAUCAAGGCCAGCUGGAGUGAGUCAGGGAACCUGGUACCAGAGCUGCGUGAGUACUGCCUGCCAGGGCCUGUGCUCUGUGCGGCCUGUGGCCGGGAUGGCCACAUGUACCACAGCACCCCUUCAAACCUCUGUGUGGUAGACUUGACUCGGAGAGACAUUCCUUGGAACAUUGAGAAGCCGGAUGGGGCCGCAGGAGGUCUGCCCUCCGUGCUCUGCCCAACCAGCUUGAACAUCUGCAGCGUCGUCACUCUCUGCGUGUCAGGAGCGCCUACAGGUAACACCGAGCUCCUGGCCCUGUCCUCUAAAGGGCGUCUGAUUACCUGUAGCCUGGAUUUGAAUUCUGAGGUGCCUAUGCCUGCCAAAAUGACCAUGGCAAAUGCAGGCCAGAAAAUUAAGGAGCUGCUCCUGGACAUCGGUGAUGUCUCUGAGAGGGUGUCCUUUCUGAAGAAAGCUGUUGACCAACGCAACAAGGCCAUAACAAGUCUCAACGAAGCCAUGAAUGUGAGCUGUGCACUGCUGUCCAGCCAGGAGGGUGGCCGGCCCAUCUCUUGUACCAUCACUUUGUCCUGGAGCCGCCUGGAGUUACGAGACAUGCUGAUGGCCACCUGCACGCUGGAGAACAGCAGCAGCUUCUGCCUGGACCAGGGCUGGACCUUGUGUAUUCAGGUGCUCACUAGUUCGUCUGCCUUAGACUUGGACGGGGCAGGCUCCACAUUCACCUACACCAUUCCCGUGGACAGACUUGGCCCAGGCAGUCGGCGGGAAGUGACGUUGCCCCUGGGCCCCAGCGAGAGUGGCACGCUUGACCUGCCAGUGACCAUGUCCUGCUGGCUCUUCUACAGCCUCAGAGAGGUGGUGGGUGGGGCCCUGGCCCCCUCCGACCCUUUAGAGGACCCCUGUCUGGAGAGCCUCCCUCUCAACCUUCCCAAGCAGGAGGGUGUCUGUCUGCCCCUGUGCAAGCGCACCGUGGACAUGCUGCAGUGUCUGCGGUUCCCUGCGCUGGCCUCACGCCCCACGCAGGCCCCCUGUGUGCCUGGCCCUGCCUGUGACCCUGUGGAAACUUUCCUGAAGACCUGCCAAGGCCCUGGCAGUGAGCCGACCGGCGCUGCCUCCCUACGGGCCAAGUACCUGCCUCCAUCCACGGCGUCCAUCAGGGUGUCAGCAGCGCUGCUCAGAGCCGCCCUGGAAGACAGUCGCUCAGGUUUCCACCUGUGCAGUGCUACCCUGCGGUGGCUCCUUGCCGAGAAUGCUGCUGUGGACGCCGUGAGGGCCCAGGCACUGUCUUCCAUCCAGGGAGUAGCCCCAGAUGGUACUGAUGUCAACCUCAUCGUCCGCGAGGUAGCUGUGACUGAUUUGAGCCCUGCAGGGCCCAUCCAGGCUGUGGAGAUCCAAGUGGAGAGCUCCUCUCUGGCCAACAUGUGCAGGGUACACCACGCCAUCAUCAGACGGAUGAAGACGAUGGUCACAGAGCAAGCAGCCAGAGGCUCCAGCCCACCCGACCUGCGCGUGCAGUACCUGCACCAGAUCCAUGCCAACCACCAGGGACUGCUUCGUGAAGUGCAGACACUGCGCGACCAGUUGUGCACGGAGGAUGAAGUGCGCUCUUGCUCCACAGCUCAGAAGCUCUUGCAGAUUUACAAGCAGCUGCGAAACCCUAGCCUUGUCCUGUUGUGACCAGCUGCUGGCCAGCUCCGGUCGCUGCGGGACACACUUCAGGCUGAGCAUCGGUGCUUGCCUAGCAACGCCCUUCACCGGAACCUCUGCAGCCUCGUGAGAAGUAGCUCAGCUCCGCCCAAGUACUCAGGCCGUGGAGACAAAGGGUUUCUGGGGUUCGGACCUCCGGGUGUGGGACUGUUCUGCUGACCCUGGCACACCCAGGAGCACUGGCUGCCGCCCUGGAGCCACCAGGUGGCAGAGUGCUCAGUCAACCAAAGCACAAAGACCAUGAGAGGGCGCCCGGAGGCGCCAGUGGCCGGGUGGCCCCAGCGUGGUGCUGCUCUCACUCGGGAGGGCGCGUCUGCAGAGCUUUGAGAGCUCCGGUUUUGUUCUGUGAGGUGCUGUGCUGACAGUCGGCCCUUUUCAUCAAGUCCAGGUGUCAGCUGAUGUGUGCUCGCAUCUGCCUGGCCUCUUCUGCGCCCUGUGGCGCCCUGUGCCCUUUGGCAGGUAGCCUUCCCAGCUUCCCUGCCCCCGACAAAAGGGUAUUCCUCACAGUGCCCCAGACCUUCCACCAGGCUCCUCUGGCCAUCUGGGGCCAAAAGGUCUGCACAGACUGAGGCCGCCCCCACCCUCACCUCCCCGGGGGCUGAUGGGGGGUUUGUCCAUCCUACAGGACAGUUCUUCAUAGAGGCAGUGGGGAGGGGGCCAGACCCGCUCCGGGCUCCACCUGGAGUCUGCACAAGAGCCGCUUCUUGUUCUUGGUGCUCAUGCCCAGUUGCCUGCUUACCUUGGGCCCCGGUGGCCUGAGAGCCCCGUCCAGAGCUUGCCCCCGGCUGCUCUGGCCACCUCCCUCGUAUAGUGUGCAUGCCUGUGUGUGAACAGGCUGGAGGGGCUCCGGCUGCGCUGGCUUGUGUCAGAGACUGAAGGCUCGCCUUUAGCCUGAACUCUCCGUCUCAGGAGCCUGGGCACAUGUCCACAGCCCUGCUGAGGCUACCCUAGCUCAGCUCUGCUGGGCACCGCACACAGGCGUGCACCUGGGCUUCGUCUUGUUUUCCUUUACAUCUGGCAGAGUUAGUGGGGCCCGCAGCGGGCUUAGAUGGCUGCCAAAGCUGAAGAAAUGCUGGUCUUAGCUGGGGAGUCUCCCAAAACAGCAUGGAGUAAGAACCAGCAGUGUCCCAGCUGGGACCCCCAGCUUGUCCACCUGUGUGACCCCCUGCACAUGCCAGACACCAGGAUGAUGCAGGCCGUGAACUACCUGGCUUCACAGACUAGAUUCUGAGAUGUCCCACUCAUGAUGGCUGCUAAGGUCAGCUCCAAGAGUUAACAGGGACAUCCCCUGACGGGCGACCUGAGAGUGAGGGUAGCAUCCACCCGUGACCUUCCCAGUGUGCUCCUGCCUCCCCUACCCUCUGUACCUGGCCUCCCCAACACGCUCUGGCGGAGUGGCUUGAGGCUGAGGCAUCUCUGGGGGUCUCACUCGCUCGGGACGGUAGACACUGCAAAGGACUUCAGCCUGCCAGCCAAGGCUAGGAGCCUUCCUCAGGCUCUGACCCAAGCCUAGCAGCUGGUGGGGUGAGGGGCAGACGGCUGCCUCCAGCCAGCCAUGGCCCUUUCACAGAAUGGCCUUCCGGGGUGGUGGAUCUAGCGGUGAGCAGAGAGGACUCAGGAGCAUGCACGCCGGACGGUGCAGGCCCACAGCAGCCGAGCAACGAAGGUUUAAUGGGUCCUCAGUAUUCCCAGAGCGCUUCCCCCAGCGGCAGGUCUGAGUCCGCGCGCAGCAGCCCCGAGGCGCCGCCGCGCAGGUACUUGCCGCUGAGGGCACGGAUGGCCAGGCGGCCGCGCUCUCGGAACUCGAAGAGGAAGUCCUCCGCCAGGUCGCCGUCGCUGCACACGCUUCCAUGGCUCCCGGUGUACCAGAAGCCACCUCCGCGGCCUGGGGGCAAGGCUGGAGGUCAGCCGUGCCCGCGCCCACGCCCACGCCCCCGGGGCUCCCUGCGCUUUGCCGGGCCCACCUCUGAUCUGGUAGGCGCCGUCCCUGAAGCUCAGGUGGAAGACGUCGUAGGUGGAGCGGUUGGUGUCCAGCUGGUUGGAGCCGCGGCGGUGGCACACGAAGCCAUCCAGGCCCCGCAGCACCAGGAUGGGUCUGUUGAUGAGCUUGAGGGUGAACAACUCGUCUCCACCUGCAGAAGGAGGCGCGUGGACUGCUCCUGCCCUACCGUCCUCUGCAGGCCUGGAGCCGGGUCCGGGCCGGCCACCGCCUAGCGGGCUGCUGUGGUGAGGAGCCUAACCCCGCGGAACCCAGGCGUUCCUACUGCGCAAGGUGUUCAGGGAGUGCCUGGGCUUCCCCAGAGACACUAAAGGAAAAGGCACCCUGGGGUCCGACCCACAGAAGGCAGGGGAGGCUCACCCACAAAGUCACUGAUGGCGGCCAGCUGCCCGUUUUUCUUCAUGCACACGUAACGUCCAUUGCUGGCUUUCAGCGCCACCCGCCGGCCGUGCCAUUCCAUCUCAAACAUGGUGUUGGCAGAGCUGUAGGGUGGGAGGCACACAGGGGCUCAGAGAGAGGUGCAGUCUGCGCCCCCUGCCUCCUCAGGGGUACCCAUCCCCUCGGGGGCUGCGCCACACUCCGUGACUGGGCUGAGGUGCUGUGCACACAGGAGCUAUUGGAGGUGAAGAGAGAAGUGAUAGUGGCCCCGGGUGUGGCUGCACACGCUUUUCGUCCCAGCAGGGGCAUAUCUCUGGGUGGGAGGCCAGCUUGGUCCAGGCCAUGCAAGGCUACGUGAGCCCUGCCUCAAAAAAAAAAAAAAAAAAAAAAAAAAAAAACAGAAGCGAACCCGAGAGGGCGGCGGUGGGGAUGAGAGAGAGGGAGACUCGGGCAGGCGCACUCACACUUGGGUAGCUGUGGCCUGAAUGCCCCCGUGAGUGACCAAGGUCCAGUAGCCUCCAGUGCUGGAGUAGAAAGUACACCUCUUUGUUUCCUGGUCUAUUUGCAUCAGGAAGGUUUCGUGGUCCAGUUCCUCAUCCUGAUUGGCUGAGACAUUGAUUCCUAAGGGAGAACACAGCGAAGCUCCUCACACCUCUCCUGGGAGGGAAGGGGAAGAAGCAUGCUUUGGAGUCUCGGCAGAGCCAUCUGGCAGAGGCUGCCCCGGCCAUCCAGGUGGCAGUGUGCCCCACACGUGGCCUCUAAGGGUGGGUUCUUAACCCAGCUCUGGCCACACUCCCUGAGACAGGACCUUUCACGAGGGCGAAUCCCUGUUCGGCUAAUCAGGAUUAAAGUAAUCCGCUUGUUCCUGCUCUGCACCCAGGAUUUACAACAGCUUCUAUUUAUAACUCAGCCUGAAGCUGCCAGGCGGGGUCUCCGACCUUCUGCCUGAGGUGACCUAGAUCCUGGGAACCAGCCUACCUCCCACACAGGGAGUCCUCGGGGAGAGCCUGCCUGAUGUUCUUGUAACGUGGACACGCAGGACAACUAGACCAAGGCGUCAGUGUCCAUGGCAACUGGUUACUCGUGAACAGUGAGGCAGGUGGAGCCCUAGGGAGGGUGGGGAGACCGCUGGAAGGCCACACCUGAUCCAGCCCUGCAAGGGGAGAGGGAGCAGCCAAACAGCAGCCCCUGGUGGAGAAGCUGGAAUCCGCUGCCUUCCUCCAGCUCGCGAAGGGUGUACCCGGCCUCCCUCACACGCACCUUCCUGCAGAAGAGCAGCCGGCGCAUCCCGAGGGAAGGGCACAACAGUUUGAGGGGUUUGUUUUUUCUCUUUUCUGUAGUCCUGGCUGUUCUGGAAUCAGUAUGUAGACCAGGCUGGCCUGGAGCUCACAGAGAUCCGCCUGCCUCUGCACUGGGAUUACAGGCGAGCGCCAUGCCCAGCCCGGUUUGAUUUUUUGAAGUUGAUCUGUUUCUUGUGUGUAUGAGUGCUUGUCUGUGUGAAAGUGCCACUUGUAUGCAGGGCACUCAGAAGCCAGAAGAGGAAGUCAGAUCCCCCGGCACCAGAGUUACAGGUGGUUGGGAGCCACCAUGUGGGUGCUGGGAAUUGAACCUGGGUCUUCUGGAAGAGCAGCCAGCACACUUAAUUAUUAUUAUUUUUUUAACUGUUCCCACCUGUGCCAGCUUCAUCACUGAAUUGGGUGGCUGGGACCAAGGGCAGCCCUCAACCUCAUGUAGGUCCUGGGCCUCAUGGUCAGGCAACAGUGGGAUUCUGGGUAGUGUGUCUCCUGUGGAUUUGGAUGCUGUACAAGAAUGGCGGCAUUUCAGCAAAGGUUCCUGCAGGGACAGAGGGCAGGAGCAGGUGAGAGGAUCUUCGCUGGCAUGCCGACUAGUGCCAUCCACUGACUUCAGCUGCAUCUCCUGCAGGCUGAGACGCCGUGUUCCGCUUCAGCACAUCUGCCUCUGCAGCGCCCCACACACUUCCUGUCUCUAACUCAACCUGCUUCUAAGGAACAUGGCUGAGAGUGGGAGGGCCAUGGAGGCCAGAGCAUCCUGGUCAGUGAGGUGUGCGUGCUGGGCUCAGGGAAGGAAGGGCUCGUCACAGCACAGCUGCAUGUCAGCCCUGCGGUGCCAGUGAAGGCAGAGACAGGCUGGGGUGGGCACAGAGGGGCAGCAAAAAAGCCCAGUGGUGACAGCUGGAGAGAUGGCUGGGUGGUUAAGAGCACUGUCUGCUCUUCCAAAGGACCCAGGUUCAAGUCCCAGCAACCACAUGACAACCCAAAUUUCAAGGGAUCUGACACUAAUACACAUAAAAUUUAAAUUUAAAAAUCCAGUGGUCAAAGUGCAAAGUGGUUGCUCAUAGGCAGCUCCUGGCUAGGAGACGAAUCUGGGCUGCUUCUCCAUAGCGUCUGCUCCAGCUGGCCUAGGACGCAUAGACUGAGAUUGCCUCUGCAGCCACCUGGAACUUAGUGUCACUUCUGACGUGGGGCCAGCGAGCAGUGUGCAUGGAGAGCCUGCCCAGAGCAAGUGAGGUCCUGGUGUGUCCAAACCCCAAAAAUCUUGUCUUGAGACCGACCAGGAGCAGGACUGCCCCCCCACCCCCACCCCGGUCUUCGAGUCUCAGUGCAUGCAGCCUUCCACACCCACCUCUGCCGCCCUUGAGUUGGCCACAGCCCUGCGGCCAGGUUGAAUGGCCCCUCUCCCUAGGAGGUUGUGACCAGCAAGCACCUGGAAUUCCUCUCUACGCAAUAAGGCAUUCCCUGCGCCCUGGCCCCAGCCAAUGAUGCACACUUGCUCCAAAGCCUCUACCCACUCCCCAAAGGUUUAAAUAGCCUUUGUCACCAAUUAAACUCACUGACUCCCUCAAGAA